AUGGCGUCUAUAAGCAAGAGACGACUAAAGCCAUUGCUUUUGAGAGAUUAUCUUCUCGAUGAUCUCAGUUCUUGCUCAUCCAACGGCUUCAAAUCAUUCCCUCGCCGUCAAAAUUCCUCCACCGUUCAUCUUCUUCUAAAGGCCGAGAUCAAACGGUCAGUAACGUUCAACUACAAUCGCCGUCUAACUUGCGGCUUGGCGAUUACUCACGCCGUUCAGAAAGCUUCGACGGCGUUACUUAACGCCGUUAAACUCUUGCCGUUCCCUUCCUCCGUUAAACCUUUCUAUGGAAAAACAGAGAAUAAGAAACGGCUUUUCGCGAGAAGCUUCUGGAAGAAACUUUUACGCCGUGAAGGGAACGGAGAGACCAGACGGAAAGUUGAAGAUUGUGAAGAAGAAAAAGAAGAGAUCCAACGGUGGAGAUCAUUCGGGGAUCUUCUCCAAGAGAGUCAAGAAGAUUCUUACAUUUCACCGACGGAUUCAUUUUCCGGUGAGACGAUGUUUUCAAACGCCGCCGGUGAGUCGUCGAGUUUCAGUAGCGAGUUGUUCACGAACUCGGAGGUGACUCAGUCAUCAAGAAACAGAGUAGUUAUGAUGAGUGGGGAUUGUGUAGGGUCACAUGUCAGUGACGGAUCAUCUGUCAACGACAACAAAGAGGAAUGUGUGAACGACGAGAAAGAACAACUCAGUCCAAUAUCGGUCUUGGAAUGCCCAUUCGAAGUUGAUUCAAUCACUCCUCAUUCGUUUCAAAAAGAAACAGAUGAGAAGAAGGUCAUGACAAAACGCUUAAGAUUUAAGAGUUCGAUACAACUUGAGCCUGUGGAUGUAGAGAAACGCACUGAGCAAUAUGUGGAAAGACAAGAUUACAACUCUUACAUGAUAGAAACCGAAGAAAAUCAAUAUGAAAACCGAGCAUACCGUUUGUUUGCUCUAGUGAAGUCUAGAUUAAUCGAAGAACCAAACCAUUUAUUGGAAUCUCACAAAGUAGACAAUGUCGUGAUAGAUUUUUUCAAAGAAGACGGGAAUAAUGAGACAAUAGACGAGGAUAAGUUGGUGAAGAUAGUUGAAGAAUGGGUGAUGAGGAGACAAGAAGAAGAUUGUAUGUUUAUGAGUUGGGAAGUGAGAGAGAAGAGAGAGAUGUAUGUGAAGGAAAUGAAAUGGGGUUAUAUCAAUGAAGAUGAGAAAGAGUAUGUGAUUGAAGAGUUAGGAAAUUGUUUCGUUACUUCUUUGAUUGAUGAACUUAUUCUUGAUUUAUUGUUUUGA